AUGUGUCUCCCAUGCUUCCCUUGGACGUGGACCAAGGUUGAAGAUCCGUACGACGAGAUGCACAAGGCCCCUGAUCAGUCCGUCUGGGUCCAUGAUGGACAGGGGUGGGAGUUGCAGAAACUGAAAGAACCAAUCAUGGCUUCGGCAGGCGCGAACCCGCUCAAGUCUCCAAAGACGCCUCGACGACCCAAGACUCCCGAGUCUCGUCAAGUGCACUUUGAACCCGAGACUAAGCCAGCGACAACUUCUGCUUUCGCCAGGGACUUCAAUUCUGGUCGUAUCACGGGAUACACCAGUGCCAAUUCUCCCAGCGGCGGCUUCAGUGCUGGCGUCAACGGUGUCAGUGCCCCAAAGACACCUCCUGGAAUCAAGGCUGCUGCUUCCACUGCUACUGCUACUGCUACUGCUGCUGUCACUUCUGCCCCGGAGCAAAAGAUCGAGACUCAGCCUACAAACUUCCCCGCUCUCGGUUUAGGCGCCAACCAGCUGCAGUGGCAUAUCAGUGCCAAUCCGACUCAGAGCCUCAGUUACCAGCUGCCUGGGUCCGUCAAUUUCAUCUCGCCCCCUCCUCAGGCCCAUCAGCAGCAUUUUUUCUCUCCCCCUCAAUUUCAUCCUGCUUCCUACAUCAGCGUAGGACCAAACGACAUCGUCAAUUCUCCGACCCCGACCCCAAGCCCUAUCACGUAUAUCGGUAUCGGCCCUCAGUCUCCCGCUCUCACCCUCAACCAAGCCAGCAACAUGGGUGACUAUCAGAACGCUGCCCCUCCUGUGAACGGGCUGCACUUCCAGCCUCCUGUUCCCGACACCACCUUUGGUCCUAUGCAGCACGUUUACGUGCCUCGUCAUGACGGUGGCCUUGCCGGUCUUCAAGUCGGUGCCCCUGCUUCUUUUAACUAUGUUUCUGCUGCCCCUUUUGCUAUUGCCCCCUCUUCCUCCUACACCACCGUCGUGGUGCCAAAGACAUACUAUCUCAACGGCUACACUUACUAUGCAAGUUCACUUAGCUGGCUUACCGUUUUGCUCUGUCUUUUGCACGAGUUCCAGCCAGCUAUCGGUUCCAUGGCUCCCCAGCCUAGUGCCUAUGGAGGCUACGUUGUCCAACAGCAGCAGCAACCCUACUACGUCCAGCAGCCGACCAUGGGCCAGCAGCCAGUUCUCAUCGCCGGCCAGCUGCAGCAGCCACAGCAGCAGUUUGUGCCUCAGAUGCAGAACGUUCCUGGCGUCCCCACGGUCGGCCUGGCGGGUGGAACUGCUGUGCCCGGCACGGUCCCCGUUUUUGCAGGUAAUGUCCCUGGUGGUGGUGGCGGUGGCGGUCACAUCCCCGAAGUCAUGGGUGUUGGUCGUACUGCGGGUGAAGAGCAGCUCCGUCAGAUCAAGUUUGCGCAUGCGAACAAGCUGUACGAGCCUCAGGAAUUCAAGCCCGCCGAUGAUGACCCUUCCCGUUUCUACUAUGUCCGUGAAGUUGACGGGAACUGGACCCAGCGCAACCGAUUUACCAUUGAUCACAUGGGUGAUUCCAAGUGUGCACAAAAAGCACAAGAGCAGCAGAAGAAGACAAGACUGCAUCGCCAACCAGCACACAUCCUCGAUUUUUGGUCCAAGAUCGUUUUAAUCAAACAAUCUGCUCAUCAGAGCGAUGCCAAUUGA